AUGCUGGUCCCCCCAACGGCCGCAUUACCAUUAUUGGAAGACACCUGCGAGGCCUCCGCCAUGUCCGCGGGACAAUUGGCAAGGCAGCGCUCUUCCUCGUCCGGUACAAGACCUUCGCUCAGGUCGGCGACACCGAUAGAUCCUCGUGUCACCGACGUCGACUUUGAAGCAUGUGCGGCUACAGCCUCCUACUUCAUCUACACUCAGGGCCCGACGAUAGUAUGCCUUCAUCACGAUUCAUUGGCGGUUGAAAGGCGCUUCGAUGGGGGAAAGGACGGACAUGAAGAGCCGAUAGUAUUUGUUUGCGCGGACAACGUCAGUGAACGGGGAGCCGGGAGGUUGGUGGUGAGCUAUGAUGCUGGAAAGGUUGCGAUUGUGUGGGAUCUAUUUACGGGGCUACAAGUCGCAAGAUUUGGAUCAUACCAUACGAUCGGUGCUGCAGCGUGGAUGAGGAACGGAAAUAUCGCCUUUGGGAACACGGAGGGCAGCAUCAUUCUAUUCCAACCGCAGAACUCCGAGCAUAUAUCAGCGCGCACUAUCAACGACCCGAUUACAGCUAUAGCGCCUGCAUGGGAUUGCAAGACAUAUGCCGUUGGCUACCAAAACGGAUCGAUCUUGAUCGUGGGGCUUCAACCUUCUUUCACUAUACUGCACACUCUGACGUCGGCACGUUCACCUUCGGCCGUGGCAAAUCUGAUCUGGCAUGCCUCCUCAACGAAGCAAAGGUCGGACAUGCUGGCCACGCAGACUGUCGACGGAGACCUGCGAGUUUGGAGCGUUUCGAAGCCGCCAAAUACGGAGACGCCAAAGAUCCUGCGUGUUUUAAAGAGAAGGGACAAUGUGGAGCCAGGACUACAUUGGUGCGCAUGGUCAAAGAAUGGGAGGAUCUUGCAACACUCCGAAGGGGAAACUUGGUCAUGGGAUGUCAGAACGAAACACGUUACUUGCGAGCCAAUACCGACAGUCGAGGGAGUCAGGGGUGUGGCUUGUUAUGGUCCACAGGCGACGCUGUUCACACUUGGGCCCAAUCAUACCGUGCAACAGUAUGACACGAAUCCUCCCGCGCUGGGCAAGGAGGUACAAUACCUCCCCAUGGCACCUCCUCCAGCCCCAAGUAUACCAAAUCCGGCUCAACGCAUUCCAGGUACGGCACCGCCUAUUGCUGUUUCCCGUGGGCCCGAGACAGAUCGAGGUGCUGUGACUCUGUCAACUAUCCAAAGAACCUCGAACGAGAUGCAGGCGAUUGAGCAUGCCCGCCAGCUGCGUGACGAAAUGGCAAGCCCACUUUCAUCCACAAGCAGGACUAGCAGAACGGACACGAUGAGUACUACAUCGUCCAAUCGUGCUUACCCAAGGCACCUUCCGUCCAUAUCAUCCCGAGCUCAAAGUGGGACGACGUUUUCAACCAUAUCGCCCUCCAUGGUUGGUCGGGAUAGCCUAUUUUCCGGUACCACAUCAAUCUACCCGUCAACGGCAUCCAUGGCCUCCUCGGGACGAAGGUCUAAAGGCUCUCGCCUUCGGCAAGAGGUUGUCCGAAGCCCGGAUAGUUCGUACGUGGAUCUCUUUCCCCGUUCCAGGAUACGAUUAGGCAACAUGACCUAUGAACAGCCUGAGCCUCUGGAUCAGGAAAACAUGACCUCUGAUGACCUCCGAAGACGGAUGUUGGAGGUGGUGUUUGGAUGGAGUGAUGAUAUCGAAGCGUUGGUUAAGGAUGAGCUACUUCACCAGCAACCGGGAUCACAGAGCGCUGUCCUUCUAUCAAAAUGGCUGGGUGAAGUCGAUUCUGAUAUGAUGACUGCUUCAGGCAUGUCCGAUAACGUCAGCGAACUCGAUUGGAUGAUGAUGGCUCUCAGCAAUAUGGGCGCUUCCGGUUCGAUGAACAAAAUGGGCGAAAACAUGGUCCAAAGAUUGCUCCGGAAAGGCGACUUUCACACCGCAGCUACCAUUCUGCUAAGUCUUGGCGAUCGAGAAGAUGCAGUCGAAGUUUACGUUUCACGAAGCUUCUACAUGGAAGCGAUUCUACUGACUUGCUUGGCUUUUCCUACUGAUUGGCAAAGGCAAGCCCAUCUGGUACGACGCUGGGGCGAAUUCGUGGUAGAAAACUCGCAGCAACAUCUCGCUAUCCGAUGCUUUUCGUGCACUGGAGUCGAGCCGCCAAUUCCAUGGUCUUCCCCCUCGCCACGAGCUGUAAAUACGCCAUCACAAACACCGCCAAGUAUCUCGUCAAUGUUGAGUCCACCGGUAUCACCUCCACCGGCAGCUCCGCUUACUCGAAUGACGACCAAAAAUUCGUCAUUGAAGGUAAUAACCUCCUUUGAAGCUCCGGCCCAGGCUCAGUUCAAGUUCCCGGGCUUAGCAUCGACGGACCGCACGCCCACCAACGGGCCCGGAGUCACCCCGAUCGCGGAGUCUGCCAUCUCGCCAGGAGGGACACCCGGAGGUUUUGAUCGAAGACAGGCGCGUGGCAUGAACAGUCUCACCGGAAGAUUGACCACUCCUGGAGGCUAUCAUAGAAAUCGUCUACCUUCUAUUGGGGAAACACCAGUGGACGUUUCGUUACCUGCUUUUACUCGACCGAGCCAGCUUCCCACUCCUGACAAUUCCGGGUCGGAUGCUGAGAAGGAGAGAGAGAAACAUUUGAGAUCUCAGACUUCAGAGCCCAAGAUCGAGAAGGAAGGCGAGGAAGCGCCACCGCUUCUGCUUAGCUCAGCUCGUUACGAUCCUGGAACUCCUGCCACAGGCAAGACUCCGAUGACUGCUGUCCCGCAAACAUCUGUUCGAACGACAAUCUUACCAAAUCCUUCAGAAGAGACUUUCAGCGCUUUCAAGGAGAGAUCAAGGAAUCGCAACGGCUCUAGAGAUAGAAAGCCGGAUGGAUUGCAUAUUCGCAUGCCUUCUCAAGACCAAAUUCAGACCACGCAUUAUAUCUCCUCUGCCGGUAUCAGCUCACAGCCUGCGGAACAUAGAAAGUCUAACACGUUGAACUCGCUGCACUCUGCCGGACUCUCAACGGGACAAAGCGACACAAGGAGCCCCUCGAUCAGUGGUCAAAGUUGGGCCUCCGCGAAAAGUCCGAGUGUCAGUGGACGGAGCAUUGAUCAAUACAUCAGCAGCUUGGAAGAAGCUGGUUCUCGGUCACGAAAGACAAAGCACAGAUCCGAGAAGCGUGGAGAGAGUCGCGAAGGUAGACCGCCCAAGUCUCGAAGCAAACCCCGAAUCCACGAGCGGUCUGAAGACCGUGGUCGAGACGACCGAAGGUAUAUACGUCCUGCCAAGAGAUCUCCAUCUUCGCCAAAACCCAUGUCACCAGAAACUUACCUCGAGCCAAACAGUGUAGAGAGCAUCGAUGGCCAGGUGGCCGAUAUCCGCUCACCGGUCUCGGAGGGUAGAUACAUUCGAGAUGACAGCCAUCAGCCGAAAACUGCCUCCAAGGUCCGAUCUGGGUCCAAAGCAUCGGACUACUCCCAUCGGACCGUCCGGCACAGGUCACCUGAAGGGGUCUACGAUAGCAAUCUGGGCAGCGAGGCUAGUUUUGGCCGCAGCAAAGCGAGCAGCCGUCAACCGAGUCCGCGAGGAUUGCUCGAUCCGAACGGCCGUGGCAGGAGCAAAUCCAAGAACAAGGGUUCUAUUGCGAGAUCACCGUCUUCUCCCCUGCCCAUGUCAAUGUCACCCCAAGCUCAAUUCUACCAGGCGAGUGACGAAGAUGAUGGCCCAUUGCGGAUUGUCGAGGCAAAUCGCCAGCGUCUGAGGUCUCGGCACCGAAGCGGGAGUCGGAGACCGCGUGAGCGUGGCAGCUCUUCACGACGGGAAAAAUCUCCAGACCGCAGGCGAGGUCAUGAAGAGUAUCACCUUCGCGUUCCGGACAGUGACGAAUCAGGGCAGCAGCCCAGAUCCGCUGUCGAGCCACGUCGUGCACCUGGCGAUCAAAUGUUAGGUGACGUCCGGCAACCAAAACUGGAGCGCCAAAAGUCUGCAAGAACCCAGAAGAAGGAAACAGCGGCACGUGAGCUUGAAGCGCGUCGAGAGUCACUGCUUCGGAAUCCUGAAGCACCGUUAAUCCUUCAUCCCGAUGAGGUCAGCAACGCGAGGCCAAAUCCACCUUAUCGUGCACAAACGGACCUCAGCAACAGUCCAAAUUCGUCAAAUCCCGUGGUAUCGCAGUAUGAAUCUCGCAAGUACCCAGUUACACCGGUGGCCAUGGAAAAUGGUGACUUUAUUAAUCGAGCUGCAAGCGUCGGUCCAUAUGGCCUGCCGGCUACCCCACGAGCCAUGCGUCACCCAAGAUACGACAAGCACGAGAACAUACCGGCUGUACCGGAAAUGCCCGAAGGUAUACAACCUCUGCCCGAGAUGUUCUAUACUGGGCAUCCCAUGCGGGAAUUCCCACGUUCGAUGUCUGCUCCUGUUCCUGACCAGCAUCCACCCAUGCCAGUCGACUUACCAACGCAUCCCGCUUUCCAUAAAGCCUUGCGCCCCGGCAAACGUCUGAACUUUUCACCCUUGGGCGACAUUGGUCAACAACGACACAAGCGUUCUAGUGACUCUUCAUCGGGGACACAUGCUCCAGUCACUGCUGGCAUCGACGAAACACUCCAUGCUGCCGACUCAGGGAUUCAGAUUAUCAGUGUCGACGACCCUCCUCUGUUGCCAGAGCUGCAGCAUCUGUCGAUGCCUCCCCCACCGCCGCCACCACCACCUCCUGCUCCAUAUCCAUAUCGCAACGAUCCUGAGUCAAGCUCUCUUAGUAGCAAUAGUAACGUUGGCGUGAUCAAGAUGGUCCUUGAUAACGAGCCUGAGGACGAAGCGAACGUGAUCGAAGUGCCUCCUCCUCCUCCUCCAGAGAUCAUCAGUAUGCGGAACACUCGAUCGCCUCCUAUUAGGACUACAACUUCUCCACCGCCUUCGUUAAGUCGGUCAGGGUCAGCUAGUCGUCAUCAUCGGGGUCGCAGCGACAACUUUAAGAACGGCAUCAAGGGUAUUACGGAUCGUCUAAGGAGCACAAGCCGAGGACGUAACACCAAAUCUCCUGACCAAGUCGUCAAUACGCCGUCGCCGUAUGAAAGCGUUCCACCGCUGUACUUCUAG